GGUACUUUUGGGUGUCCAUUAGUUUUUGGACAAGGAAAUCAGAAGGUAGAUGCAACAGGAAUGUCCAAUUAUGGGGGAACCUCAACCUGGACAUUUGCUCAAACGUCAUCCCCUUCAUCUUCCACAACAAUAUUUGGAGCUUCAUCACCAUACAGUUUUGGAAGUUCAUCUUCCAGUGGAGCUAAUGCCACAAGAUCAACUUUUGAUCUUCAAAAGUCACCUUUUGGUGGCCAAGAUAGAGGAAGCAGAAUUGCAAAUUACAAAACAACCCCUGAGUCUGAGUAUAAUGCAGAGAAACUUGUAUCGAUUUCUGCCAUGCCUGUUUACAAAGCUAAAAGCCAUGAAGAACUAAGGUGGGAGGAUUACAAGUUCACCAAAAAAGGUGGAUUUGGCCCAAGUUCUUCAGCAAUAAAGUCAACAUCAUUCACUCUAUCUCCUUUUACCUCAUCAUCAUUUACUAAUUUUUCUACAAAUUCAUGGGGAACCACUUCAGUUUCUUCAACACCAAUUACACCGAACCCAUUUUCAAAAACAAUCUAUUCGGUAGCCACAGAGACACCCACAUGGAGCUGGAAGUUUCCGGGACCCACAUCCACUCCACAGCCUCUUCACUUUUCAUCUUCUACAAACAAUUCUUUGAGCACCAUUACUUCUACUCCUUUAAACUCAUUCAACCCAUUUCUUCCCAAAACAAACCUCACCUCUCCAGCCUCCUUUACAUCCACAUCUUUUAAAUCACCAACCUUGUCACUUGCACCUUUGAAUCAAAAUCCUUUCACUUCACUACCCACUCAAAUGUCUUCCUCCAGUUUUUCAAGUCCUACAUUUGCACCAUUUAUCACAUCAUCUUCUUCAAGUGGUUUGAGUUCAACUUUUAAUCAACCAACAACAUUGUUUCCAUCAUCUUCAAACACCUCAGCAUCAUGGCCACAUGCACCUUUGAAUCAAAAUCUGUUGAAAAACCCUUUCACCUCACAACCCACUCAGACAUGUUCCUCGAGUUUAUCUGAGCCUACAUCUGCAGCAUUCACUCAUGGUCUAGUUACAAUGCGUCUUCUUUAG